AGAGGAAGGAGCAGUGUAAACACGCAGCUAGGGCUAGUAGUCACAAGUUGAUUUAGAAUUAAACAUAUGUAAAACUAAUCUUUAUCAUUCGGUGACAAUGCAGAGAAGCUUAGAGACAGUUCGCGCUAUUAAAUCUUUAGGGUAUCCGGGCGGCUCGUGCCUCAGCCGGUGUGAGUGUGAUGAACUUCCCUGUCCUCUGCUCACCUGGAUCACUGCACACCUGAGGAAGCUCUGCCCGGAGCUGCAAGACUCAGGUGGGGCAGCUGAUGUGUUGCUGGUGGGAGAUCUGAGAAACUUACUUUCACUCAUGUCCUGUUCCAUCAUUGGGCUGGAUGCAGACGUGAUGGAACCGUCGGUCCUCAACAAAAUCACUGAUUUCCUGGUAUCAGAACUGCAAGCGUCUGUCAUCAUCAAACACAAAGAGUUAAAUCCUGAGGAGAAGGCAACAGAAGGGGAAUCUGAAAAAGAGCAGCGAGUUCAAGAAGACGGUGAAGUCACUGAGUUUUGUCCGGAAUAUAAGAAUGUUGAUGAUUCUGAUGAAAACAGGAGGAAGGCAGAGAUGCAGGCUGAAUGGGUAUUAGUGCUCCACUCCCUUAACAUGGACACCACAUCUCAGUUUGCAGACGUACUGAGUGAGGUGGAGUCGAGGCUCACUCUUCUGCCACAUGGAGCCACGAUGAACCCACUUCUCAACACCAGCCCCGACUCAGAGCAGUGGAUGAAGGUUGAACAGAUGAAUCAGACUUUGUCAGCAGAUUAUCAGUGUCGGAAGCAAAUGAUGAUCAAACGCUUUCAGGUUACGCUCGAGUCAUUUGCAUGGGGAGACAAACAAAAGGAACGCAGUAAAGCGCUGGACUCUGUGCCUCCUCUUGCAUCACUGGCCGGCUUCUCCCAAGUGUCUCUGUCUCUUCUGUUGGCUGCCAGAGAGGAUCAGUCUUAUAUUGAGCCGAUCAGAGCUGGAAAGAGCACUCCCAUCUACCAGGUGUUGAUGGGAGUCGUACCUGACAGAGGAGGACGACCAGGGGAAAUUGAGCCACCAAUGCCAACGUGGCAAGAUCGCAAAGCAUCAGGACACCGAUCAGGGCGAGGAAACCAAAAGUGGCGUCAAUUUUCAGACAAAAAGAAAGGGAAAAAAGCAUUAAUUUGUCUUUCUAUGCAGCUUUGUAGCUUACUUUAAGGGGAGAAAAUUAUCUUUUUAAUUUAUAUACACCCUUACUACAAAAUAAAACAUGGCUGUUAAAUGCUAUGUUAUAUAAUUUUACAGCUAUGAGUUAUUUUAGCACAAAUACAUGAUUCACUGUAUAUAAGAUAUUGCUAAAUUGCACUAAUGUGUGGCCAAAUAUUUUUGUAUGAUUGUGUUUAUUUGAAACCAAGGAAAUGAAAAAAGCAAUACUUGAAUUUUAUUUUCAAUUUGUGGAUCAUGUACAUUUGUAAAUAGGUUUUUAUUCAAGAAGAAACCUAUUAAACAGAAAAUAUAUUGCUGUCUU